GCAAUCCUCAGUUCCCAACCAUUUGUCCAAUUCACUCUCUCUCUCUGUCAAUAACCCCACAGAACCCCAACCCUUUUCAGUUUCCUCAUUGAAUUCUGUCUCUGCCUUUUAACAUAAAAUCCCCCACACGCCCACCGUGUAGACCAAACUCAUUUCAGCUUCCUAGCUGUAUCUCCCCUCCCAAAAAGACUAGUACAACUCAUACAUAAUCCCCUUUUAUAUUUCAACCAUACAAAGCCAGCGACCGGUCCCAAACUAGAAGUACUAGCAGUUCCUCACCCGGAGAAAGAGAGGGAUGAACAGCUUUGAAUCUCAAAGACAAGACUCCUUGAAAAGGAGAUUGCAAGACAGAAGAUUUCACAUCAACACCACCAGAUUUGUUGUUGUUGCAGCUGCUCCAAUCACACCUCAUCACUCCUCUGCACCCUUCCUCCCUAACCCUAACAACAGUACCAAACUCCAGAGUUUCCCUGGUCUUGAUAAUGAUGAUCUCGUUUCCAGCGUCGUCCCGCCAGUGACUGUGUGCUCGAAGGCCGUUCAUCUGUCGCGCAUCAGUCUCCAUAAGCAUGCAAGCUACCAUAGCCUUGCAAAGGCUCUCAGGCAAAUGUUUGUGGAGGGAAACGACGAUGGACCCACCUCGGAGAAUGAACUAGAUCUUUCCAACGCUGUUCCUGGUCACCUCAUUGCCUAUGAAGACAUGGAAAACGAUCUUCUUCUUGCUGGAGACCUCAACUGGAAGGAUUUUGUACGUGUGGCUAAGAGAAUUCGGAUACUGCCAGCGAAGGGGAAUUCAAGGAAGAUUAGAGGAGGGGCAUAGUUUGUUGGGUUUUGCCAUCUUAUGAGAGGAUGGUGUAUUUGUCAAGGCAGUUAUAUAUGUGCAAACAUACAGAAAGAAAGAAAGAAAAGCAGCAAAUUAAAGCCCAUUUGCAAUGAGAUUUUGAUAUGUUCUAGUCCGAGAGCUAGUCCUUAAUUGGGAAUUGGAUUAAUUAUAGCAGCUUCUCAUAACUCAUAUAUAUAUAUAUAUAUCUAGACUUACCUGUAGCCUUCUCCUUUUUGUCUUUUUUCCUGAAUAAAAGAACUUUUCCUAUAGCAUUUCAUAGUGACUGCUCUUCUACUUGUUUAGGGAAUGCGUUAAAAUUCUUCUGUGCUAUAUAUAUAAAAAAAAA